AGUCCCCAACCCAACCUACCGGCGCUGGGAACUCGCACGCAGCCAGGGACCGCUGAAAAUAGCGCUUCUUUUUCUUUCUUUGUGUUCAAAACUAUUUUCUUUCUUCACCAGAUUUUGUUUUCCUCCCCCCGCUGCAGUUGUUUCCCAUUAGUAACUCGAUCUCUCGGAGCAGUAAGAUUCGCCUCCUCCGCCUCCUUCCCCUCCGCCCGUGUGUGUUUGUUUUCUGCACGUCUCCUUCAGGGAGCCGCCGGGGCUUUUCUGCUUCCCCCGCUUUUUAGCGUUUCCCCCGCAAGCAGACCGAUUUCCACCGCGUCUGCCCCUUCCUUCUCCUCUCUCCCUCCUGCCCUCGGUCCCGAGCGUGUCGCGCUCCCGCAGCCCCUCCGCGACGUCCCUCGGAUGAGCCGAGCGCCCCGGGCGUGUGUAUGGAAAUAGUGGGGUGCCGGGCAGAAGACAACGCGUGUCCUUUCCGCCCCUCAGCCAUGCUCUUCCACGGGAUCUCCGGAGGCCACAUCCAGGGGAUCAUGGAGGAGAUGGAGCGCAGAUCCAAGACCGAGGCCCGCCUGGCCAAAGGCGCCCAGCUCAACGGCCGCGACGCGGGCAUGCCCCCGCUCAGCCCGGAGAAGCCCGCCCUGUGCGCCGGCUGUGGGGGCAAGAUCUCGGACAGGUACUACCUGCUGGCCGUGGACAAACAGUGGCAUCUGAGGUGCCUGAAGUGCUGUGAAUGUAAGCUGGCCCUCGAGUCCGAGCUCACCUGCUUCGCCAAGGACGGCAGCAUUUACUGCAAGGAGGAUUACUACAGAAGGUUCUCUGUGCAGAGAUGUGCCCGCUGCCACCUUGGCAUCUCCGCCUCCGAGAUGGUCAUGCGCGCCCGAGACUCCGUCUACCACCUGAGCUGCUUCACCUGCUCCACCUGCAACAAGACUCUGACCACGGGCGACCACUUCGGCAUGAAGGACAGCCUGGUGUACUGCCGCGCGCACUUCGAGACCCUGCUGCAGGGCGAGUACCCGCCGCCGCUGAGCUACACGGAGCUGGCGGCCAAGAGCGGCGGCCUGGCCCUGCCCUACUUCAACGGCGCCGGCACCGUGCAGAAGGGGCGGCCCCGGAAGCGGAAGAGCCCGGCCCUGGGGGUGGACAUCGUCAAUUACAACUCAGGUUGUAAUGAAAACGAGGCAGACCACCUGGACCGGGACCAGCAGCCUUACCCCCCCUCUCAGAAGACCAAGCGCAUGCGAACUUCCUUCAAGCACCACCAACUCCGGACCAUGAAAUCCUACUUCGCCAUCAACCACAACCCGGAUGCCAAGGACCUCAAGCAGCUUGCCCAGAAAACAGGCCUGACCAAAAGAGUUUUGCAGGGAGAACAAAUCUUGGGGCAUUACAGCCAAACAUCCCGACGUUUGAAAAUUCCCUAAAGUAUUAAAAGAAGGGGAAAAGUUUGAUCGGAAAUCCACUGCAGUGAAGACAAAGACACUAUUAGGUUAUGAUAAUCAUACAUUUAAAAAUUUAUUGAGCCAAAAGAGAGAGAGAGAGAGAGAAAGAGAGAGAGAGAAAGAGACUUAAAUGUCAUUUAUUGAAUGUUAACAAAGUUUGUGUUCUUUAUGGUGUCCAACACAAAUGAAGGUUUAAAAUUAUGUGGUUUAAAACAAAAUCAGAUAAACCUUGUAUAAACCAGAGCAACCUGACAGUAAUAUGCCCACCCCAUAUUUGAAGAAAAUUAUUACUGAAAAAAAUUCCACACAUUUGUCAAGCACAGAUAAUUGUAAAAUAAAGUCCAAAAACAUUCAUUUCACCUGCUUGCUAAUGUGUAUUAGUCCUGUUAAUGGCAUUUUCCAAUUGUAAAUUCAAAGAAAAGCUAUCACUCAUUUAAGAGUAUAGGGAUCAAAAUCCAGUACUUUUAGUAUCAUUGUUUAUUACUUCCUUUUUAAACAGAAAUCUCUGCAUGCACAUCUGUCACCUCUAGUGUACAUCUCUGUAUGAUGACUUAUCUUUGCUGUUUCUUGUAUGAUAAAUAGCUUUCACUAAUAAACAUUUUAUUUGAUGCAAA